AAACAUAUCGCACACUUUUCCAGGAAGAUCAACCGAAGUAUCCACCCAAAUUCUAACCUGACAAGAAUAAUUCUAGGAGAUGUAGCCCCGCCUUCUGAUGCCUUAGAGUUUUCGUAAGUUUUUUCAAUUUGUAUGAUGUUUCUUCAUUUUUCGCUAUUUUCUCAUUUUAUUCUUAAUAUACAUUAAUAAAAUUAUCCUUUCGUUUUUAAAUAUUCCAGUGACGACACGGAUUCCUCCGAAGCAGAUUUUCCAGUUCUUCAUCGCCUUUACGGAAACUACACCGCGGCUGGCAGGAACGUGUCGCGCCUGUUGGACGCGGUUUUUAAAAAUUAUGACAAGAGAAUUAGGCCUUUUUACGAAGGUAAGCGCCUUACCGUCCUGAUUUUUUCAUAGCUCAUCUUUGUGGAUCGACGCUUUUGUGAACCAUCUUACGGAUAAAAGAUCUACAGAGUAGACGAGUAACCGCUUUGGGACAGUAAAGCAGUUGGAGCAUGACAGACCGGCCUGCCAAGAGCUAGAGUGACCUGCCUCUAAUCAUUUUAAAACAGGCAAGCGUAAAGAAAAGGACAUACUCAAUGAAAGUGUGUGUACUAUUACCACUAGUAGUAGCAAGAGAAAAUAAUGUUACAAAGAGGGAAACGCCCAGUCUAGCCCUUGGGAUAUGGGAAUUUCACCAAAGCUAUUUUUAGACCAAUUAAACGGCUGAAAUUAAUCGGAAGUUUGUUUUUGAAGAGGUCCACAAACUUUUAUGAAGUGUUGUCAAGAGAGGAUAAUGGGAAAUUACCCUAUUUGUGUGUCGCCAUAGAGUUCUAAAGCCGGAUGACGUCAUAAAACUUAAAUCUGUGAAACUUGGGUCAUAGCGUUUAGACCCAAGCCAAAUUUAGAAGGAUUUGUACGGAGUUAUCAGAGCAUAACUGGGCUAUUGCUAGUUUUUGGCAAGUAGGCCUCUUGGGUGUUUUUCUUUCAGAAUAUCGUGACGAAUCCCAUAAUUUCACAAAUUUAAGUUUUAUGACGUCACGCUCAAGUACUCUAUUACAAUAUUCUGCAUUGUUUUCUUUAAGGAAGUCGCGCCCAGACUUGGUGACGUUAAAAUGUGCGGACUUCCCAGGAAUUAGAUUUCCGUUUAAUUACAACCUCUAUUCACACAUCCUGGCCAACGCCCUGGGUCUCAAAUCUAAUACACGCAUUUCAUUUCAGUGAAACCACUGGAACUUGGAAUAAACUUGCUUAUUCUUUCAUUUGGAGAACUGAGUGAAACGAAAAUGGUAAGUUCUGCUAGUAUUAAAAGAUGCAAUCUGAAUUAUAAAUUAAAAUAUUUCUUUGAUGUCACGAUUUUGACAAUUGCCCAGAAGUGCCUGGUCAGCACAAGUAUCAGAUCGGGGCUACACUAUAACUACCUAACUAUAAUACUAUUUAGUACUGUAAUUUUACCAUUAAUAUUUUUCUGUUUAGGAGUUCUCAGUUGAUUUGUACAUGGGGCAGUUCUGGCAGGAUCCUCGACUUGGCUUUGGUCUUAACAAGACCAUAAUUCUCAGUGGAGAGGCAACAGAGAAGCUAUGGGUCCCAGACACCUUCAUUGUAAACUCUAUCGACACUAAAAUUCACAAGUUGAUAGCAAUUAACAAAAAAGCCUGGAUACAUUUAGGAAAUGGGACCAUUAUGUUAGUCUUGCGGUGAGUUUGUAGCGCAGUACAGACGUACUGGUGUAACCAAGUAACUUAACGUUUUUGAUCGUUCAGAUAUCGCAUCACUGUUUUAGAAGUUUUAUUAUUACUUGCAGGUAGGCAGUUUUCUAGACUCUUAUGCUGAAUCCAAAAUGAGUUUUAAAAAGGAGUAAAAAACAUGUAAAAAAGAACAACAACAACAAAACUAAACGCAAGACAACAACCAGUGCCGGAUCCAGACCUUGAGAUAAGGUGGGGCCCGGUCUCCGAAAAAGUUUUUUUCGGCCCUUCGGACCUCAGUUUAGUCUAAAAAUAUGGGGGGGGGGGGGGGGGGCCCCCGGGCCCCCCCCAGUGGACCCCCCAGUAACAACCAAAAAAAACAGACUUUUCCGCGGCGUUUUUUUUUUUUAAAUUUUGGAAAACAGGAGAAAUUUUAGUUUUAAAGUUUUUUGUUUAGUUUUUCCAUUUUUUUUUUGGUGGUCCUAACUUUAAGGGCGCUUUUUUUAAUCCUCUCUCCUUUGGUUCACCAAAAACAACUUUUCUUUUUUUUUUAAAAGAAACAAAAACAAGAUAAAAAAGAAAAAAAAACAAAACAAAAAAAACAACAAAAAAAAUAAACCACAAACAAACCCCCGGGGGUUAUACUUUCGCCCUUGUGUUGUGGGGGGCGCCGUGUCUUAUAAUUUUUUUUUGGGCCGCUUGAGCCUCCAAUUUACAUAAAAAGAGGGGGGGGGGGGGGGGUGGCCCCCCGGGCCCCUCCACUGGAUCCGCCAAUGACAACCACAACAAACAGAACUUUCUUCGUCGUUGUUUUUUUGUAAAAUUUGAUGAACAGUAGCAAUCUUAGCUUUAAAGCAUUUUGGUUAGCUUUUGCAAUUUUCUUUUGCUGGACCUAAUAUUCAGGAGGCCUUCUUUAAUGCUCCAUCCCUAUGGUUACGAAAAAGAACAUUUCACCUUUUUUUUCUAAUUUUGGUCUGGUUUGCAGAUACACUGCUCGAAGCUCUUGUAAAGUGGACUUGAGGGAUUAUCCCUUAGAUGAACAAAUUUGCCACUUGGCCUUUGAGAGUUGUAAGUACAAUUUAUCUAAAAUACAGUCAAACCUGUAUAUAACGGCCCUGUACUGAUAGCGGUCACUAUGUAUAUCAGUUGCCUUAUAUUUUCUGCAAAGUUGACCUAUAUAUAUAUAUCGGUCACCCUGUAUAUAACGGUCACCUUGCCAUUUCCCAAGGGUAACCGUUGUACACAGUUUUAAUGGUAAACAGUUCUUGAUCUUUUAACUCAAUGCUGUCAUUUCACUAACUACCAGAAAUAUACUGUUUCUUGCGCAGGAAAUAGACCUUGCAUAAUUACGUUACCCCUGAGUGUUUUUAAGGCCACGUCCAGACGAGUCCGGGUAUUUCUUGUACACGAUGUCGGCCUUUCGUCUACUCGAACUCCAGUGAAUACUCUAAGCAAAACCACAUGGGAUUGGCUUAUGGCCCAAUCCCCAAGAAUCCGGGUAAAAAAAAAAACAUGCGGUUUCAAAUUUGUCCGAUUCCUAUGGAAAGGGCCUUAAAGUCACAGGCGAAAAACCGUAGGUCCCGUCUCACAGCACUUUCUCUGAUUGGUUCUUGUGGGCCGUGAAAAAACCCACAUCACUAUUCGAAAAGAGUAGGGGUCGUAGACCCCGGUGGUGUGGUCAACCUUUACGGGUUGUGGGAUUGGGUGGGCAUGGCACCUCGCAUGCGACCUGAGUCCCGUUCGUGCACAUUCUCUCUGGGCAGGCCUGUGUCCAGAAAAGCUAGUGAAUAAAUAAAUAAAUAAAUAAAUAAUCCUGCCCAAACAAUGGAGGAGUAACCGGUCCUUACCAUACUACUCCCGAAAAACCUAUUGGAGACCCUCUCUUCCGGCUUAUAUACUUUCCUGUUUCAGUUUCGUUCGAAGAAAAGGAUUUAAACCUCACCUGGCACAGAUUAGAGGUCGGAAGUGACAUUUUCAUUUAUGACCAAGAAAUGGCACAGUUUGAUAUUUUGUCUGCCAAACGGUAUCAAAAACAUAAACUUUAUCAUUCUGGUGAGUAUUAUGUGAAAAAACUCAGGUAACUAUGAGCGCGCGAAACAUAGAAAAGUAUCAUUCACUGGCUUAGAUCCAAGAGGGUUGAGGGACAAGGUACUUCAUUUGGUUUUAGAAAAGGCUUAGUUGAUGUGAUAUGUAAAUGGUUAAAAACCAUAGCAGCUAUGAAAUCUCUGAAAAGUCUGAACGAAAAUGCAUAUUACACAAACUACACGAUUCUCAGCCACAUAAAGUUUUUUUUUACAAAGUUUUUGUACAUAAAAUAUUGUUUAUAUGCGUCUAUAAAAAUUUUGACCCCUUAUAAAACUUGCACACAAGGGUUCUGAAGUAACGCCGAAUGUUCCCUUAAUUUGUAAAACCCAUAUCUAGUCGGUAAUGGUACACUGAUGAAAUCAAUACGUAUGAAAUGCUUUCGCGCCAACCUUAUCUUGGGCGUUCAUUGUUUACUCUUCCUUAGCUGGAUUGAAUUAAGCUUUUUAGUUUCCUUGAUAUUCGAGGCCACUUGGCCAGUGACUUCCACGGAUGGUUGAUGAUUACCCUGCGAGCAGGCACUCCAUUUAGGGGAUAUCGAGAGAGGUCACUCGCGAGCGGCACGUGCGAGAUGAGACGCGAGAGAUCUUGCUCGCAGGCUAGGUGAUGAUGCGUCAUACGCCCAAAAUGUUAUCGAUUGUUGCUAACGGUGCGCGAAGGCAUUUAUAAAAGAUUAUCUAAUCCUUACCACUUAGAUUUUUUCUUGCCUCUUUAGAAGCGUUCGCUGGUGUGACGGCAACAAUCCGUUUCAGACGUCGCACGAUGUACUACAUUUUCCAAAUGUACAUUCCCUGUAUCUGUGUUGUUAUUCUAUCCUGGGUCAGUUUCUGGGUCGACGAAACAGACGGAUCUGACCGCGUGGGACUAGGCAUAGCUACAGUGUUGACUAUCAGCUUCAUGCAAGGCGCACUGAAUGAUAACGUGCCUCGCGUGUCCUACCUCAAGUCAAUCGAUUACUUCUUGCUGGGCUCCUUCGUAUUCGUUUUUAUGACUUUGAUUGAAUAUGUGCUGGUGUUAAAGCAUUCGAGGAAAAAGAAGAGGAGGAAGAAGGAACUAGAGAUAAAAACGCUAGAACGUGAAAGGAAGCGGCAAGAAGCUCUCAUGAUUACAGAGGAUGAGGAUGAGAAGGUAGGAUGUGUAACUAUCCGUGUGCUGUAAAAAAAGCUUCCGUUGCAUAUGUCCCCUGAAUAUUUCUCGAUUUUCUGUUUUUAAAUUGAAAAAAAUAAUCAGGCGAGAGAAAAUUAAACCGUCAAUAGCAACGGUAUCUAAUUUUCUUGUUCUGUGGAUCGCUCCCUUCUUUUGCCUUUGACGCGAUGAGGAGUUUAUAGCAUGAGAUAGGGUACCAGAUCAACAUUUGUGAAAUACUGCACGUGUUUUCUGUUUAGUUUGACACUAAGUAAGCAAAAACUUCCUAAGGUUCUAUGAUGGUAUAUUAACUGACUUAUUUCGUAUUGAUUUUUCAGAUACGUAAAACCACUAGUCUAAUAGAUACCAGACCUUCGCACCUCUGAUGGUAAACUGCACGAUUCGCAACGACGAUUUUUAGCACAACACAGCCGGCGUUGCAAUGCUGGAACAGUGUUGCAACCAGUUGAAACGAUGUAGCAACCGAUGUUGCUACGCUGUGUUGCGCUAAAAAUCGCCUCUGCAAAUUGCCUUGGUAACAUCAUUAAGAUCCUCUAGAUUUCAUGUUCUUUUAAAUACUCUUUCUUUUUUCAAGGUGACUGUAACAGUGUCCAUUGGUGACAAAACAUAUGACUUUUGUAGCGGAAGAGAGAAAAAGAGCACUGGUGAACCAAUCAACUGCGCGAAUCACAACAGUAAUGCGCGCACAGUGAGGAUAAAAGAACCAGAUGACAACAUGAAAGAGAAUCGGCGAAAACCUGACAGAACACAUUUGAAAAAGCUUCAAAGAAGACCGUCUAUGAUUAAGAUUAUUAAAAAGACCAUCGAACCGGACGGUGAAGAGGAGAUAAAUUAUCUGGAUCGCUAUUGCCGGGUCGUGUUUCCCAUCUCAUACGCAAUUUUUCUGGGAGUCUACUUUGGGAUUUAUACAGUUCGAUGGGAAAAUCUAAUGAGUUCAGGAGACUAA